AAGAAGAAUCUAAUGCCCCACCUCAGGCUUCAUAGUCAUGCUUAUAUGCAGGUAUAGCCUUAACAAAUGCAUAAACAUUAGCAAUUUUCAGAGUUCUCUAAUUUUCUUAGCUCUUUCUUAGACCAACAGACUUUAUUGCAGUUCAUCAACUAUGACAAAUAUGGUUGAGUUGAAGGUGGGAUUGCAUUGUGAUGAAUGCAUCAAAAAAAUAUUGAAGGCCAUCAAGAAAAUUGAAGAUAUUGAAACUUACAACAUCGAUACAAGGCUUAACAAAGUCACAGUGACGGGGAAUGUCACAGAGGAAGAGGUGAUACGAGUGAUCCAUAAAAUUGGGAAGACAGCAAGCAGUUGGGAUGAUCGCGAAGAGUCCAUCAAUGUGUCAGCAGGAUAUAUGUGAUGCUAUUUCUGCAUUUUGUUAAGAAAUGUUCAGAAAUCUGAAUCUUUCAUGCUAAUUCUCACAGCAAAUGGUCAUCUUCUAUGUAGUAGUAUAUAACGUAUGUAGUUGAUUUUAGAAUGUAAGCUAAUAUUUAGUGUAAUUCAAUUCAGAUCUUUGUUGAUUUUACAAUUGUGAUGCCAGUUUAUCUUCCUGGUGUUCUCUGCUUGCUGAUGGCCCCAUAUAUUUCUAACAGAAAGGUCUUUAGAAUUCCAAAA